UAAAACCAUAACGGGAAGUGACGCCAUCUUGCAAGAGAAACUUACUGUGCAGUGCAACGAAAACAAAAGAUUUUUUUAGUAAAUUUAAGAUAUAUGCAGUAAGUAAACAUUGAUGGAUAUUUGGAUUGAUGGAUCCAGAGUAUGAGAAGCGCCUACUAAGGCAGCAGAAUGGACAAAUUUCACCAUAUGCAUCACCACUAUCUCUCAGUCCCAGGCUGAGCCCUGCCAGUCCAAUAGCUUCCCCAAGCAAAGACAAAUAUGGUGACAGGUUUAUCCCUAGCCGAGCAGGUGCUAGCUGGCAAAUCAACUUCAACAUUUCAAAGGGAAGUCCAAAUUCAUCACCAACCCCCUCCUCAAAAUCGAAAGACUCGGCAAAUGACACGGCUAAAGAUGGGUUGGCUUACUCCUGCUUACUAAAAAAUGAAUUGUUAUCAGCAGGCAUAGAAGAUCUCAAGCAAGACCAUCUGUCUGAUGACAGAAAGAUACUUGUUCCAAAGGAAAGUCAGAAUCUUUUUAGGUACCAUGUGCCCCGUAGAAGUCUAGAUUUCAGUGACUCUUCUCCUUAUUCUCUGUCCCCUGUGGGGAGCAAAAGCCAAAAACUUUUGAGAUCACCACGCAAAGCUGUAAGAAAGAUCUCAAAAAUCCCUUUUAAGGUGCUAGAUGCCCCUGAGCUGCAAGAUGAUUUUUAUUUAAAUCUAGUCGACUGGUCCUCACAAAAUGUGCUAAGUGUAGGGCUGGGAACAUGUGUAUACCUGUGGAGUGCAUGCACUAGUCAAGUGACCAGAUUAUGUGAUCUCUCCAGUGACAACGAUACAGUGACCUCAGUAUCAUGGUCAGAGAGGGGACACCUAGUAGCUGUGGGUACUCACAAAGGAUAUGUUCAAAUUUGGGAUGUAGCAGCAACUAAGAAACUGAACACACUAGAGGGUCACAGUGCCAGAGUUGGUGCUCUAGCUUGGAAUACAGACAUUUUAUCAUCUGGGAGUCGAGACAGACUGAUUCUACAGAGAGACAUCCGGACACCAUGUGUUCUUCCUGACCGCAAAUUAACAGGACACAGACAGGAAGUGUGUGGACUGAAAUGGUCACCUGAUCACCAGCAUUUGGCCUCUGGUGGUAAUGACAAUAAACUGUAUGUGUGGAAUAUGACUAGCACUAACCCAGUACAGACUUAUAAUGAGCAUUUAGCAGCAGUGAAGGCUAUAGCCUGGUCCCCCCAUCAACACGGACUGCUGGCAAGUGGUGGGGGUACAGCUGAUCGUUGUAUUAGAUUUUGGAAUACUUUGACCUGCCAACCUUUGCAAUGUGUGGACACUGGCUCUCAAGUUUGCAAUUUGGCUUGGUCCAAACACUCCAAUGAAUUAGUCAGUACUCAUGGAUAUUCACAAAAUCAGAUUCUAGUGUGGAAGUAUCCCUCCCUUGUUCAGAUCGCCAAGCUUACCGGUCAUACCUUCAGAGUGUUAUAUUUGGCCAUGUCUCCAGAUGGAGAGGCCAUUGUAACAGGAGCCGGGGAUGAAACACUUCGAUUCUGGAAUGUUUUCAGCAAGACUCGCUCAACCAAGGAGUCAAAGUCGGUGUUGAAUUUGUUUACCCGGAUUCGCUGAGACUGGGUGUCCUGUACAAUACUACCCCCACUGUGUGUUCUUAUUGAUGACAGCAGACAUGUUGAUGACUAGUUGUUGUCUGGUUCGGUGUUAUAUGUCAGUGAUGUGUUUUAGUGACUUUGUUUUACCUAGUACUAUGACAUUCUGGGUGGUGUAAAAUCAAUUACUUAUUAUGACAAGGUAAAAGGUGUGCUAGGUAGUGUGCACUAAAUAGACAGAUGUGUAGUAGAUUUGGCUGUGUUAUUUUUAAUACGCUCACUGCCUCAAUUUUCCAGCCUGAGUAAAUGUAAACUGAUUUAUUGGUCAUUUGCAAUCAUAAAUGAUAGAUAUUUGUGGUUUUAGGUUUCAAAUUUAUUAAAGUAAAUUCUUAGUACAUAUAGAUAAGCAAAACAGACAAAUGUAAAUGUACACCACUUUAAUGAUUUAAGCUUUCUUUUAUUCAUCACUCCUGAACAAUUGCUAACUAAUUUUCAUCUGUGUAAUUGAUUUCUGUCAUAGAAAGUAAUUCAAUUUUUUAAAGCAAACUUGCAUAGUUUGAUUAGUAGUUGAAACAAAUGGCAAGACUUUUCAUGGAAUUUACAAUUAUUCCAAUCAGACUCAUGUGAAAUAUUUUAUUUUUAUUUUACUGGAAAUGAGAAGGCUUUUGUUUUGCUUUGUUUUCUUUUAAGUUUCUCUUUUUAUAAAACCUGUCCACAUUGACUGUGACCUGUUGUUUUAUUUAUAUAUUACCUAUUUGCAAAGAAGCAGCUGUAUGUUUUUUGUUAGGAAAAAGAUAUGUUCAUUAUAAUUAAAAAACAAACAUAUUUUGUG